AUGACCUCUCGCAUUGAGAAGAGUGUUCGUGGUAAAGGAGCGGUGAAACUACGAGGGUUCCUGAAAUCGAAGGAACAACUUUUUGCUACCAAACUGAGUAGCCCCCGCGUCGAAUGCAGGGCAGGAAAUGAGGAAAAGGGCGCUAUGGGAGAAAAAGAUGUGACUGGUGGGAGGCACGUGCACGGUGUUGUUGCGCCUCAUCGCACUCUCGAUACUGGCACCGCGUCCGUCCCUCUCCCAGCUAACCUCCCACCCGAUGGUAAGGGAAAGAAGCUGCUGAAUCCUCUGCGGAAGAAGUUACUGAGAGACCUUUCUGCUGACGAGGGCGGCUCGUUGCAGCAUCUGCCGGCGAAACCCACUGGGCACAAGGAACUGGGUGCAAUAAGAAUCGCUACUGCAGACGUGUUCCCCGCUGGUGAGGCGCCUCACCGUCCUGCUGCACUAUCGUCAGCUGUGUUAUCCUCGCCCAUGCAGGGUUUGAAGACAGCUGCAGGUAAGUUGAACCCACCGGUAGGUAUAGGACGCAAGAAGCGCCAACAGAAGUUGCAAAAGGCACAACUCGCGUCUACCGUUCGAGUAGAACGACUCAGGAGUGACGGCACUUCCAGAUGCGGGAAGAAAGGUAGCGUCAAGGUUCCCUCCGAGUGCUCCAGUCUUAAUUCUAGCAUCACAUGUACAGUUAACACAAAUGAUUGCGCGGAACUGGACAGAGAGAGUGGUGUAGACGACAUCGACGAUCCAAACGAUGACAACGCACAAGAACUAUCUGCUAAUGAGUUAGGUGACGAGCUAGCGCCUUAUGAUGAGGUGGAUGAAGAGGAGGCAGUGCAGCGGUACAUGGGAAGCCACAGAGCCUCAACUUCGCCGAAAAAGACGGAGGACAGCGUCUCACUCAAUCGGUGCCUCAGCGAUCCAUCGCUGUCAAACACAUUGUGUGACGCACGUGCUGCACCGCUGGAUCGUCCCAACAGCGCAAUCGGAAGUUGUGCUGCUCCAGAAGAUUUGCAACGGUCACUCGAUGAAAAAAUGGAAGAAAGUUCCCGGCGGCCAUCCACUGCCGGUCAGCUGGGGGAGGGCACCAGUAGUUUCGGCACGCAAAAGGCUUCAGAACUCUUCAAUGACAGCCUUUGCCGCUCCCUGAGUUUGUAUGACGCGUUUUUCCUCAAUGAAGACGGGACUACUUGGCUUGUUGAUGACCGUGUUCUCGCUAGAUGCCUAAAUUAUAUCGGGCUUAUGGAUUACGAGCACGAGCUCCACGGACUGCGGCGCACUACAGGGAACAACUUGAGUGCUUCUGCAUGGGCGCAGCUUUCGUCCCCUGUGAAACGCAAUGUGAUGCCAUCGUCUGUGGCAUCUGCGGCGCCGCCGCUUCGGUGCACUACUUCUCCCAACUUUGUGAACAGUAGCAAUUCUUUUUCGGUGGGGCAGAGUAAGCUGUGCAAAGCUCCAGAGUCGCGAGGAGGCCGUCCUGAUUUUCCUACCCUCUUCCUUGACAUCGACGAGACAAUGAGAUGGCUCUCUGGACAGGAAUAUGUCAUAGGAACCAUCCUAGCAUGUUGUACGCGCGACAGCGAUGCCUCUGAAGACGGGAAUGUUCAGCCGUACUUGUCCCCUGCAGUUCAUCCCAUAAAGCAAAUUGCCACAAUUGUACGGGAAUGUUACCCCCAUUGGGGUAGCACAGUCCGUUUUGCGGACGCAUGGGAGAAGCAGGUUGUCCUUGUUCUUGGUACAUCCUCACCAUCGCAUCAGUUACUGUUCCCGUUUCCGGAGGAGGGCAUAUUCUUCUCGUCCGACAUGGAGGGUGGAAAUAUUGCUCGCGUGGAACGUAUGCCCGAGUCAACACUACUGCAUCUACAGCAAUAUCCACAGCAGCCGAAUGGGAUCGGCUUUUCAUUGUGGAUGGAACCUGAACCCGGAUGCGGGCAAAGGUUGUGGUUUCGUUUUGCUUUCGCCGGCGUCAAACCUCAUACGUCGGUGACUUUGCGAUUAGUUAACAUUCAACCCACCACAAAACUAUAUGGUCGGAAUGGCAUGCGACCUGUGUGGAGGGCAGGGAAUUGCCUCCGGCAGUGGGUGCCAGUAGCGCAGUGCUCAUAUCGCACAACAAAUGACGAGGCUGAUGGGGAACUGACGUUUGUCAUAACACCCCGUACAAAUGAUGUCAUUCAUGUGGCGUUCUGCGUUCCCUACACAUAUGCUGAUUUACUCUGCCACAUUACCCACUGGCAUAACUUGGUUAAAAAUAGUACGUGCGAUAUUUGGUUUGAAGAGCGUGUGUUGUGUUACACGCAGGAUGGUCGCAAACUGCACAUGCUUAUCAUAACGAGUUCCUCUACGAAAACUAAUCAGCGGCACCGGAGCAAGCGGAAAGUGGAAGGCAGCAACAGCGCCAAUAAUGGAGCUUGCGGCCCUACAGCCUGCAAUGCCAACUCCAAUGGCGGUGGCGGUAACCCGUCUCGUAAGCCCAUUGUUGGACCAUACUCUCAGUUCGAGAAGGGUAAGAAGGUCGUGCUGGUGAGUGGCCGCGUGCAUCCCGGGGAAACAACAGCAUCCCAUGGUGUUCAUGGCGCAAUUUCCUUCCUUCUUUCCCGCGACCCACUAGCGGCAAAGCUACGGGACAAUUUUAUCUUUUAUAUUGUACCUAUGUUAAACCCCGACGGUGUCUCCAGGGGUCACACUCGGCUUGACCAGAACGGAUUUAACCUUAAUCGCUGUUAUAACAGGCCGAUUCCUCAGACACAACCCACUGUGAGCGCCCUCCGCAAGGUGUUCGACCAUCUGCGCCAAGUGUUUGACGACCGCUUCUUCAUGUAUUUGGACUUUCAUUCGCACGUUUCGCAGUCUAGCUGUUUCGCCUUCGGUAAUUGCCUCCCGGCGACGGUGCAGCACUGGAAUAUGCUCUUUCCAAAGAUCAUCAGUUUACACGCGAAGGAGCUCUUUGGGUACUCGAUCUGCCGAUUCGGACGCGGCCACAUGUUGAGUAAGGAGGGAAGUUCGCGCGUGCUUUUUGGCGCCGGCCUCAUCCACUCCUACACCAUUGAACUCACGUAUUUCACAAACAACCGGCUGUACAUUGACGGUCUGUUGGCUGGCGGCACGUCCAACAUUAUGGAUGGAGAAUCGUGGGAGGACCGAUACACCCAUACACAGAUCGUGCCGCAGCGCAGCCCCGUCGCCCACAACGCCAGCACUGUUACACCCCUUAAUGAACAGGGUACGGCAGUUGGAGCCGUCAAAAGUAGCAAGUGCGUCCGUAGCAACUCACAACAGAAGAGGCUAAAGAAGCGUGAUGUCACCAAGAUCCCCAGUGACUGUGGUAAUGGCAAACCAGAACUGUUGAGGCAGAUUAGGGUACCGUGCAUUCUGGCGCAAAGCGCUGAAGUCGGUCGUUCGUGCAUGCUUUCUUUGCUCGACUACUGCUCUGUCGAUAACUACAUAUCACCACAGUUUGCAGCGUAUGGAGGGAUGGAGCGAAUGCUGCGGGAUGUCAAACGCCACAUGGGUUCACCGACCGCCGCGAAGCCGGGGUCAUGCAGACUGCAGUUCAUUUACAAGCAACAGCAACAACUGCAGCAAUAA